CAUGCAACCAUUCGCAACGGGCAGCACAAUGGCGACCGAGACACCGACGAGUCUGCCGCCCGAGAGGGUGACUUCCCCGACGCCCUGCCGAAACCUCACCUUCUCCAUCGCGAAGAUUAUGGAGCCGGACAAGCGACUGACCGAGCAAAACGUUAAUCCGGUGCCUCCACCGCCGCCGGCACUACCGACGACGACGGCCACGACGAUUCUGCAACAACCACCGAAUAUCACCUCCUCGUCGUACUCGGCGCAUCUCAAGUCGGCGUUCGAGAAAUAUGUGCCGACCUUAAGGCACCAGGAUUUGCUGCAGCAUUACCCCGUAUUAUCUAAAUACUAUCCACUGUACUAUCCGAGUCCCUUAUUAAGGGCCUUCCCAGGUCCCCCCGCUUCGACUCCGUCGGUUACGCAAAAUUCGCCACCGCCCACGACGAUUCAGGAGGCUUCCUCGAGGUUGAGCCUCACCAACAUGUCGUCGGAGAACCCGCGCGGCAAGAAGAGCCCGGCACCGCGCGGCGAACUCGGCGCCGCCACCAAGCAGAAGACCUUCACCUGUCCAGAAUGCGGCAAGGUGUUCAACGCGCAUUACAAUCUGACGCGGCAUAUGCCGGUUCACACGGGCGCCCGGCCGUUCGUCUGCAAGAUCUGCGGCAAGGGUUUCCGGCAAGCGAGCACCCUCUGUCGGCACAAGAUCAUCCACACCGCCGAGAAGCCGCACAAAUGCGUGACCUGCGGCAAGGCCUUCAACCGCAGCUCCACCCUCAACACCCACACGCGCAUACACGCCAACUUUAAGCCGUUCAUCUGCGAGUUCUGUGGCAAGGGCUUUCACCAGAAGGGCAACUACAAGAACCACAAGCUUACGCACAGCGGCGAGAAGGCGUACAAGUGCAGCAUUUGCAACAAGGCAUUCCACCAGGUCUACAACCUGACCUUCCACAUGCACACGCACAACGACAAGAAGCCGUUCUCCUGCAAGAUCUGUGGCAAGGGCUUUUGCAGGAACUUCGACCUCAAGAAGCACAUGCGGAAGCUGCACGACGCGGGCUCGCCGGUGCUGAACGGAUUGGACGCUUCGGGACAGAGCCACAAUCAGCAGUCGGGCUAUUCGUCAGUGUACCAUGGCCCGGAACACUCCAUCGUUAGUCCGUUCAUCCUUCCACCACCUGGAUCCACCAGUUAUCACUCGUUGAGCAAAAUGUUGUGACAAAGCGAGAACAUGCACUAUCCCAGGAAGACUCAAUAUCCGCUGAUCCUCGGCUCACCUUGCUACCCAGCUGACAUGGGUCAGCUGGUGCAAACGUCCAAGUGAAAGAGACUCGACCUCUUGUUUCAAGAGAAUCUUUCCCCGAUUCGUCAUAAAGAGAAAUCACAAGAUUUGCAAUGUACCUUGCUGGAACUGUACGCACGAUCUUGAAAGGAUGAGAAAAGUAUGACAAACAUUUAACAUGCAACAAGUAAUAACAUUGACGGAUUACUCGAUAUGAAGAAUGAAAACAUGUAGUCGUCCAUUUACGUUGUUAUAAAGGUAAAAAUUAGGUUAAAACAAAACACGAACUUUCUUAAAAUGAAUUUAUAUGAAAUUGUUUUCUUUACAUUUUUAUAAUAUUUUAUGGAUAAAAAUUCUUAACUAAAUUUUUAUGUUUCACGUUUUAUAAAUCCAUAAUCUGUGUGCGUGCUGCGAAUAGAAAUAUAAAACUGUCAAAUUACCAGUCGGAUUGCACACGUUGUAACAAUUUGGAUGAUAUUUCCGAUGAGCAUAAUAUGAAAUUGUGGGAUAUUUACUCAACAGUAUUGAAAAUCGCAAAUAAUUCGCAUCGUGAACGAGAUAAACCAUGUCGCGGAGGUAAACCAAACAAGACACGGACGCCCUAUUAGACCCUUCGCCAACUGGGAA